GUGGCCAUGGUGAGGGCUUUGGCUGCUAUGCCAAGUGAGUUGGGAAAGAUGUUAAGUGCGGUAAAGCCAGCUGCUGAAACAGACACGCCCCAGCUCUUAUGACCUAGCGCAGUGGUUCGGUUCCCAUGGGACACAAAGUCCCGUGCUCCCCACCCGCAGGGUUUUUUCCAUCCCGAGUCCCAGGUUCUUUCCGUCCUGUGGCUCCAGCCUCCUUCUGAGUCCUGGCUGGCUGGUGGGGACAGAGAUGUGGAAGCUGGUGGCUGGGAGCUCCUUUCCACUCAGCCCCCAUGGGGACUCAGCUCUGUGGUCACACCCAUCUGCAAGGGCUGCUGGGAAAUGUAGUCCACUGGGUGCCAGGAGGAAGAGAGGGGGUUUGCUGAGCAGCUGGUCUGUCUCUUGCACAGGAAGUGAUGAGCCCAGGAAGUGAUGAGCCGGUUGUUGGUAGAAGAGGGACUGAGCUGAGAAGGUGCUCACAGGCUCUCUGGCCGCUGUGAGGAGGACUGACUGUGGGGUGAUGGUGGGAGCCGGGGGACCAGGGAGAAGAGACUUCAUGGUCCCGGCAGGGAGAUGCUGCAGCCAGGGCUCCCAGGGCAGGUGGGGUGAAUUCUGGAUACAGCGCCGGCAGCUUGUGCUGAUGGAUUGGAAGUGGGUGUGGGAGAGAGAGAAGUCGGAGGGAGCCCCGGGACUUUGGCUGGAGCAACUGGAAGGACAGAGCUGCCAUCACGGAGUGGGCAAUGGCCUGGCAGCCGGCAGCUCCGACUUAUCCGGCUCCAGCUCGGGCUCCGACUCCGAGGAGCCCCCUGAGGGUCAGCCGGCCAAGGUGACAGCGGCAGCAGCGGCAGUCACCCCGACCAGCCCUGCGGGCAGCAGCGGGCUCAUCACGCAGGAGGGCAUGCACAUCCCCUUCGACGUCCACCACGUGGAGAGCCUGGCUGAGCAGGGCACUCCGCUGUGCCCCAACCCAGCGGGCAGUGGGCCCGAAGCCCUGGAGACGGUGGUGUGUGUGCCGGUGCCCGUGCAGGUGGGCCCGGGCCCCGGCACCCUGUUCGAGAACAUGCCCCAGGAGGCACUGGGCGAGGUGGUGGCCAGCUGUCCCAUGCCGGGCAUGGUGCCUGGCUCGCAGGUGAUCAUCAUCGCGGGCCCCGGCUAUGACGCCCUCACAGCCGAGGGCAUCCAUCUCAACGUGGCCGCAGGCAGCAGUACCCCCGGUGGGAGCCUGGGCGACGAGGUGCCCUGUGCCAUGAUGGAGGGUGUGGCAGCCUACACGCAGACAGAGCCCGAGGGCAGCCAGCCCAGCACCCUGGACCCCACCGCCGUGGCAGACAUUGAGACCAAGAAAGCUACCCGCCCCGUGUCCACCCCCGUAGAGAAGGAGGACCUGUACAUGCUCAAGAAAGAGGAGAAGGAGGAGCCAGUGGCCCCGGAGCUAGCCGAGCUGGCGGCAACUGUGCCUGAGAGCACUGAGCCCGAGGCCGAGGCAGACGGGGAAGAGCUGGACGGCAGCGACAUGUCGGCCAUCAUCUACGAGAUCCCCAAGGAGCCCGAGAAGAGGCGGCGGAGCAAGCGGGCGCGGGUGAUGGACGCCGACGGCCUGCUGGAGAUGUUCCACUGCCCCUACGAGGGCUGUAGCCAGGUCUACGUGGCCCUCAGCAGCUUCCAGAACCAUGUCAACCUCGUGCAUCGGAAAGGGAAGACCAAAGUGUGUCCUCAUCCCGGCUGUGGCAAGAAGUUCUAUUUAUCCAACCACCUGCGGCGGCACAUGAUCAUCCACUCAGGUGUGCGGGAAUUCACCUGCGAAACCUGCGGCAAGUCCUUCAAGAGGAAGAACCACCUAGAGGUGCACCGGCGCACGCACACCGGCGAGACGCCCCUGCAGUGCGAGAUCUGCGGCUACCAGUGCCGACAGCGCGCCUCGCUCAACUGGCACAUGAAGAAGCACACGGCCGAGGUGCAGUACAACUUCACGUGCGAGCGCUGCGGCAAGCGCUUCGAGAAGCUGGACAGCGUCAAGUUCCACACGCUCAAGAGUCACCCCGACCACAAGCCCGCUUGACCCGCCCAACCGCCGCCCACCCUUAUUUAUUCGUCCGCUUGGACACCACGCCCGGGCCUGCCCGGAACGCCGAGGGCGCCGCCCGGACCGCAGGCCGGAAGGAGGCGCCCCUGCCCCGCCCCAGGGCUGGGCCCCCGGGGCAGACCCCCCCACCCGCCCCGGCCCGGCUCCGGAGCUGGCGCCUGGGGCCGCGCUGCUGGAACUGUGUCAAGAGAGCAGAGCAAGAUUAAAGAGCGAGAAAGGAGAUGCCCUUCCCCCAGGCCUGGAUGAUUUGGGGGGACCGGGCCCCUCUCUGUCUCCAACCUGGUCCCUUCCUGAGCAAGGCGGGGGAUGGGCGGUGAGGGGGUGGGGAGAUGUCCCUACGUGCCCAGCAGGGCCCUUCCUGUCAGCCUGCGCCCUGCCUCGGCUACCUGGCCGGGCCACCUCGGUCACUCCCCGCUCUCUCGGGGUCAGGGAUAGGAGGUUGAAGACCCAGAGAGGCCACUGGACAUCUUCCAGGACUCGAUCCUGACGCUCACUCCCAGUCCUCCACUUAUUCCCCAUUCUCAGCUCAGGGACCGGUGGGGAGAUGUUCAGCAACCCCCUAAAUAAGACUUGUAUAGCUGCCGUGCAGAAAA